GAAGAAAUCGAGCGCAGCAGACUGCUCGCUCUCUUGCGUUUAACCAGCAAUCUGUCAUGGGGAGGAGCUUUUAUUAUAUGGGUUACGGCUGCUGUACAGGAGAGCCGUGAGCGAAGAGGACAAAAGCUGGGCCGACUGCGAACGAGAAGCCGCGGGCAGAAAACACCGGGACAGGAGACGCGACGUCCGCCCCCUACAGCUAAACGCACGGAUCCUCAUGUUUGUAAGGAGCGCCGCUUGUGUCUGGAGGAGCCUACAGUAAAAUACGUGCUUCGCUAAAAAAAAUCACCGCCCCCUCCUCUUCUUCUACUAGUCCCGAAUCAACAGUGAAGAGGAAGAAGAUCAUUCGCAGGAGAGCCUUGCACCCCGUCCCACUGCGCCUCUGACUCAGGGGUAAUGGGAGGCGGUGUAGGCACCAACCAGCCUUGAAGCGACUUCUCCACACCGAUCUGUUUAAGGGACGGAGAGAAAGAGAGCGAGAGAGAGCCGGGAGAACACACACAUCUCCUCCGCCAAAUCCUCGAAAACCAACUUGCGCCGCCGUCUGCGUUUUUGCGGAGAGUGCCGCUUGACAGGUCUGGCAAGCUAACCGACGUGGAGAUCCGCGCUCUCCCUGAACAGGCUGUUUUCAGGUGUGGUCUUCCUCCUCCUCCUCCUCAGCACUUAACUUUGGUGCAAACUUGGCGAAGGUGGAGCUGCACUGAUUGAUCCCUGCGCCUCGUCGCUGUGCUUCCUGUUUCCCUGGAGCAGCCGCUUUCGCUUUUCACACGGCUUGGCUUUCCCUGUCCGCCUGAACUACCCGCUCGGAUCUGCCGCGGCUGGGGCCAGCGAUCUGCCGCACAGGGGAAUCUACGGGGACUCGUUUGAGCCCAGCUGGCGAUUCCAGACCUGCACAGCACCCAGCGCCUGCCACCCCAUCCUCAACUGGGAUCAGCUUUCUCCUGGAGUUUAAAUUUUCCACCGCUUUAUCCCACUCCGUCCCCGGCCCCCACACACCCCCCCCCCCCUUUCUUGGUGGGAUUUCCAGAGCUGAUCCAGGUGGCCCCACAACUCCGAAGUUUGACAUUCCAGCUCUUCCUACUCCUAUGCCGUAGUCCCACCGAGUCUAAAUCAUACAGUUUGUAUCUAACGCCUGGGGGGCCAUGGCCAAGUGGCUCAGAGACUACCUGAACUUCGGUAGCCGCCGGGUGCCCCCCCAACCACCCAAGCCGGAUUACACAGAGAGUGAAAUCCUCAAGGCUUACCGAGCCCAGAAGAACCUGGACUUUGAAGAUCCAUAUGAGGAUGCUGAGAACAAGCCCCGAUUGGAUGGUGGACAGUCAGACAUCCCACCACUUGGCUCUCCGGUCAAGGCCGGCUCCUUGGACACAAAGUUCUUCUCCCCAAAGCAUCGUCUCAUCAAGGUGGACUCCCAGGAGCUGAACCGCUGCAAGAUCUUGGCCACGGUGCCGCCAGCAGACCAGCCCAAAGUUGAACUGACAGCAGUGACGUCUGUGCCGCCAGCCUCGGGGGACUUGGACUACUCGGACCCCUUUGACGCCUGCCCUGAAGUGCGGCCCCGGCCUCCAGAGGAGGACCCUGAAUCUCAGACUGAGAACAACGGAUAUAUGGAGCCGUAUGAGGCCCAGAGGGUCAUCACAGAGUUGCAGAAGAAGAGCGGCUCUGACCGUCAAAAGGGCAGUCGAAGCAAGCGUGGAGUUCAGCUCUAUGAUGUGCCAUAUGAGGAGAACAAAGGGGGCUCGGAUUCGGAUGGCGGAGGUCCGCAGCACGUCCGGGAGAGCCGCCUGCCCCAGGAUGAUGAGCGGCCCGCGGACGAGUACGAUCAGCCCUGGGAGUGGAAGAAAGACCACAUCUCUAAGGCCUUUGCUGUCCAGUUUGACGGAGCCGACUGGGACCGCUCUUCGCCCCCCAAGGAACGGCUGCGCCACACAAAGCAGAGCCCGCAGAAGGGCAGCUCCAAGUUCCGCAAAGCCUCAGGACUGGAAGCCCCCACGAUGUUAGGAGAGCGAGUGGACCCCACGCUGCCACUCGAGCAACAGGUCUGGUACCAUGGCGCAAUCAGUCGCUCCGAGGCCGAGUCUCUCCUGACGUUGUGCAAAGAGUGCAGCUAUCUGGUGAGGAACAGCGAGACGAGCCGUAGUGACUUCUCACUGUCGCUCAGGAGCAGUCAAGGCUUCAUGCACAUGAAAUUCUCGAGGUCCAAGGAAGGCAAGUACAUCCUGGGUCAAAACAGCCCACCGUUUGACAACGUCCCCGAGGUCAUCCAUUACUACACCACACACAAGCUUCCCAUCAAGGGGGCGGAGCAUCUUUCCUUGCUGUUUCCUGUGCUGGUACAGACUCUUUGAUUGGACAGCGAGAGCUGCUGUGGCCUGUGAUUGGACAGUGGUACCCUAAGCAGCUGUAAGGGGAAAGGGGGGGGCCCUGUUAGCAUCCUUUUGUUCUGACUACCCAAAACCCCACCACCCCCCCCCUCCACCCCCCCCACCCAUCAUGUGUAGAGAAGACAUCUGUUCAAAAACGCUGUCGUCUUUAGCCGUGGUGUUACUAAUGUUCACUUAGUAGAAAGGCAGGCUGCUGCUUGCAGCACAUCCUGGGUUUUACCUGCUCGCUUUGUGAAACUUUCUAGCUUUUAUAAUAGAGUGUUUAUAAGUUAUGGGGAAUAAAAAUCAAUAAAU